AUUGAAGAGGACUUUAUCAUGGCUAUCCUUUCAGACUCGGUAGCUUUUCUUGCACGAAAUGUACCAAGCAUUCUUCUUCUCGUGGGUAUAGCUCAUCUCAUCCGCAACUACUUUACACCAGGAGCAUCAUCAGUGCCUGGUCCUUUUCUUGCCAAGCUAUCAAACCUCUGGAGGUUCAUCGACGUGGCCAAUGGCCAUGCUGAGGUCACUCACCAAAUGCUCCACCGGAAGUAUGGUGACUAUGUCCGACUGGGCCCAAAUGUAGUGAGUGUACGUGAUUUAGACGCUCUCAAGAUAAUAUAUGGUAUCAACCAGGGCUACAACAAGACCGAUUUCUAUAAAGUUCAACAGCAACUUGCCAAGGGCAAACCGACACCUACAUUGUUCACGACAACAGACGAAGACUUCCAUACCUCGAUCAAGCGGCCGAUUUCGGCUGCGUACUCUAUGAGCACUUUGACAGAGUUCGAGCCAUUCGUAGACACGAUAAUCCAUACGUUGUUUCGAAGGCUGGAUGAGUUUGUUGUCCACGGAAAAGUUUGUGAUAUCUCGGCCUGGUUACAGUACUACGCCUUUGAUGUAAUCGGUGAAAUGACCUUCAGCAAGCCUCUUGGAUUCUUGGAGAAGGGUGGUGAUAUAGAUGGAGUCAUUUCUGCGCUCGAACAUAUGCUUGACUACUCAGGAAAGAUCGGUCAAAUGCCAUGGCUGGAUUAUUUGUUCAUCAAAAAUCCUCUGAGGCAACUUGUCCGUGGCGGGUCCACUGGUGCGGUGGCUCGUUUUGCGCGUGCCCGACUGGAUGAAAGACUUCAACAGAUGUCAACAGUAUCGAAGGAGGGCGGUGCUCCGUCAUCACAAUUGCACAAGGACUUCCUUGCUCGCUUCCUAGAUGCGAAGCGAGCCCAUCCUAGUGUAGUGACCGAUGAUCAAGUAUUCUCAUACACCGUGAGCAACAUGAUUGCCGGCUCUGACACGACAGCCAUCUCCUUACGCGCGAUCUUAUACUACACCCUCAGGAACCCAAAAGUCUUGUCAAAAAUAAAUCGAGAACUCAACACGGCAUACAAGGAAAGAAAGAUCACCCUCCCUGUCUCCUGGAAGCAGAGCCAAGAAGAACUGCCGUACCUUGACGCCGUGAUCAAAGAAGCUCUGCGUUUGCAUCCCGCCGUGGGACUCCUCUUGGAGCGCAUUGUCCCCGCUGGUGGUCUGCAGCUGCCCAACGGUGGGCCCUUCUUACCAGCCGGGACAAUCGUCGGUGCUAGUCCCUGGAUUAUUCACCGCCACCCGCUCUUCGGAAAAGACGUCGACUUGUUUAUCCCUGAAAGAUGGAUGCAGGCGAAUACGGAGUCGGAUGCUGAAUUCAAGGGGCGCAAGAAGCAGAUGCUCAGAGCUACUUUUACGUUUGGGGCUGGACCGAGGACGUGUAUAGGGAAGAACAUUAGCCUUCUGGAGAUUUAUAAAUUAAUCCCAUCCUUACUUUUGGUCUACAAAAUCGAGUUCGAGAACCCGGGACAGGAAUGGGCAACAACUAAUGCAUGGUUCGUGCGACAGAAAAAUAUGGAUGUGAAAUUGACCCGCAGCGAUAUAUAG